AUGUCAAAUUCUUUUAACCACAAUGAUUUAAAAUCAAAUUUCUUAAAUGUAGAAAUUUCCUUAAAUUUGGGAUUGUUUCCAAGAACCCCAACCAAAUGUAUAAAGUCUUCCGAUAUCGUGGAUAUCCAAAAUAGUGAAAAUAUUGUCAAUAGUAUUUUACAAGACAGAUCAGCGAGAUCCCAGAAGUAUGCUAGUAAUCCGUAUAAUAUGGGUUCAUCGCCAUUAAGUUCAAAAGAUGGAUCUUUGUCUAAAAUCAAAAAUAAGCAAAAGACACAAAAGACACAAAGAAUGGAAGAAAGAGAAAGAAAAUUGUUAGAAAAUAGAGGUGGCUUAAACAAAAUGGAAGAAUUUGUAAUGAAAGGAGAAAGGAAAAGAGAACUUGAUGAUUUGGCAAGAUUAGCUUUAGAAUACGCGAUUCCAGAAGAUAUUGUAGAUACAUUUGAAGAAGAGUGUCGAAGUGAAGACAAUGUGGAACCUUUUCAUAAGAAUCGAUAUAGAUCGAUGUUUCAGGAUCAGGGAAAUCAACCACCAUUAAAAAAGGAAAAAAGUUGCGAUAAUGACGAUGAUGGUAGUGAUGAUGAUAAUGAUCUGAUCAGGUAUUUUGAGAAUAAGGAAAGAUAUGAAGGAGAAUUGGAACAAUUAUUAUCAGAAUUAUCAAUGACCUAA